GAGGAGCAGGAACUGCGCGCACCCCGAACGCCACGCUUGGUAACCAUCGCCCGCCCGGCGCCAGAAGACGCAAGUGAGGACGCCCUUGGUCAUUGGCCGAGCCGCUCCCUUUGCAGAAAAGUCCUGCCUCACUCAGCCUCUCCCUCUGGCGCUCAGCCUAUCCGCAGCCUGGGGGCAGGCGAGCGCUCGACGGCGGCGCAGUCACGUCCCUCUGCUCGUCGGCGCGCGGGGAGGGUCCGUCUGUCUGCCUAGCUGCCAGUGCCCGGCUUCGCUGCUGUCGCUAUGCUGGCCUCCGCACAGGGAAGAUCCGCCCCGUUCCAGUCCACCCCCGCUGCCGCCGCCGCUGCCUCUCCAGCUGUCACUCAUCAGAAGCCUUGCUGCAGUCACGGCAAAGACCGGGAUUGCACGAAAAUGACUGUUCCCCCUGCUUAUGCUGACUUAGGAAAAUCUGCUCGAGACAUUUUCACCAAGGGAUAUGGAUUUGGCUUAGUAAAGUUGGAUUUGAAAACAAAAUCUGAAAAUGGACUGGAAUUUACAAGCUCAGGUUCAGCAAAUACAGAAACAAGCAAAGUUACUGGAAGUUUGGAAACCAAGUACAGAUGGACAGAAUAUGGCUUGACAUUCACAGAGAAAUGGAAUACUGACAACACACUAGGCACAGAGAUAACUUUAGAAGAUCAGCUUGCACAUGGACUGAAGCUGACCUUUGACUCCUCAUUCUCUCCAAACACUGGAAAGAAGAAUGCUAAAGUCAAGUCUGGAUAUAAGCGGGAACAUAUCAACUUGGGCUGUGACAUGGAUUUUGACAUUGCGGGUCCUUCAAUACGCGGUGCCUUUGUGUUUGGCUACGAAGGUUGGCUGGCUGGUUACCAAAUGACUUUUGAGACAGCUAAAUCCAGAAUAACUCAGAGCAAUUUUGCUGUUGGUUAUAAGACUGAUGAAUUCCAGCUUCACACCAAUGUGAAUGAUGGUACAGAAUUUGGAGGUUCCAUUUAUCAGAAGGUGAAUGAUAAAUUGGAAACUGCUGUUAAUCUUGCAUGGACAGCUGGAAAUAGCAACACUCGCUUUGGAAUAGCAGCCAAAUACCAGAUUGAUGCAGAUGCAUCUUUCUCUGCUAAAGUGAAUAAUUCCAGUCUGAUUGGUUUAGGAUAUACUCAGACUCUGAAGCCAGGUAUCAAAUUGACAUUGUCAGCUUUGUUGGAUGGGAAGAACGUCAAUGCAGGUGGCCACAAACUAGGUCUAGGACUGGAAUUUGAAGCAUAAAAAAGGGAUUGUACCACUGCUACUUCUGAAAUACUUUACAGCAUAGCUACCUUCCGAAUUUAGUGUACUUUUCAAUGUUUUAUGUCUGGGAUGCAAUUAUUGCUGUGUCAGUCAUGUUGAACCAGGUUAAAGAUGACGAAGCUUCAAAAGUGUGUGUAUUCAGAGGAGGAGAAUAUAUUCUUCAGUUCCAGACCUUUGGGGAAUGUUGCUUGUUGGAGCUGUAUACUUACCAAUUACUCCAUGAAGGUCUGAUCUUGUCUUUAAACUGUUCUUAAGAUAAUGGCAAAGCAAACUUGAAAUAUAUGGCUAUGAAAAUGUCAGUCUAUCAUAGUGCUCAGGGAACUCAGUUUCCUGACCCUGUGUGAUCAGGCUUUUGCUCUCUGACGGAGUGUGCAAACUGUCUGAAAAGGGGCUGCUUAGGCAGAUGCAUCAUACACUGUUUUAAGUCUUACUUAGUUUUCCCUCCUACACCUACAGCUCUCUUUUUACACCAACAGCUUGUUCUCGGAGUGCUUUAGAGUGUUCACUUUGUAUAACUUUGGCGUGUAGAAAGUUUGAUGUGACUCAGCCAAUACUUAAAAUUCACAGCCUGUGUUGUGGUUCCUUUCCCUUGCACUAAUUAUGGAAAAGCUUGUACAACAGAACCAUAAGCAGGGAAGAGUCUUUGUAAUUGUAAUCACCUAGUGGCAGUGCAUUAAACAAAAUGGACUUUGUUUUACCACUCUUUUUUUUAGCAGUUUAAUGGGUACAUCUUCAGUCUUCCAUUUUUUGUGUGGAAUUAGACCCCAAAAUGCUGUACUGGACACCACUUAAAAUGAAAAACCCAACUUGAAUAAAACAUUGAAACUUCA